CUUUCCCUCUGCAGCCCCCGAGUUCUGUGCUAAUUGGUCAGCUGAUUAGAGGAACAGUCUCUUCUGUGUGUCAGAAAUUGAGGAGCCCCUAGAGGCUGGGGCUGACAGAGUGGAAGAUCAGAGAAAGUCCAGGUUCAGAACAGUGCGUGACCAACCCUGACUGCCCUACAGCCACUGCUCUCUGUGACCAUGAAACCUCAGGUAUCUACAUUGCUGAUGGCCUGGUUUGGUGUCCUGGGCUGUGUGCAGGCGGAAUUCUUCACUUCUAUUGGGCACAUGACAGACCUGAUUUAUGCAGAGAAGGACCUGGUGCAGUCGCUGAAGGACUACAUCCUUGUGGAGGAAGCCAAGCUCUCCAAGAUAAAGAGCUGGGCCAACAAAAUGGAAGAACUGACCAGUAAGUCAGCUGCCGAUCCUGAGGGCUACCUGGCCCACCCAGUGAAUGCCUAUAAACUGGUGAAGCGGCUGAACACAGACUGGCUGGCCCUGGAGGACCUUGUCCUACAGAACUCAGCUGCAGGUUUUAUUGCCAACCUCUCAAUGCAGCGGCAGUUCUUUCCCACGGAUGAGGAUGAAACAGGGGCUGCCAAGGCCCUGAUGAGACUUCAGGACACAUACAAGCUGGACCCAGACACAAUUUCCAAAGGGGAACUUCCAGGAACCAAAUACCAGGCAGUGCUGAGUGUGGACGAUUGCUUUGGGAUGGGUCGCGUGGCCUACAAUGAAGGGGACUAUUACCACACAGUGUUGUGGAUGGAGCAGGUGCUAAAGCAGCUUGAUGCUGGAGAGGAGGCCACCACAAGUAAGGCCCAGGCGCUAGACUACCUGAGUUAUGCUGUCUUCCAGUUGGGCGACUUCUACCGUGCCCUGGAGCUCACCCGCCGCCUGCUCUCUCUUGACCCGAGCCAUGAACGAGCUGGAGGGAAUCUGCGGUACUUUGAACGGUUGUUGGAGGAGGAAAGAGAGAAAAACUUAUCAAAUCAGACAGAAGCUGAGCUAGCAACCCAGGAAGGCAUCUAUGAGAGGCCACUGGACUACCUGCCUGAGAGGGACGUCUAUGAGAGCCUCUGUCGUGGGGAGGGUGUCAAACUGACACCCCAGAGGCAGAAAAGACUUUUCUGUAGAUACCACCAUGGCAACAGGACGCCACAGCUGCUGAUUGCCCCCUUUAAAGAGGAGGAUGAGUGGGACACGCCACACAUCGUCAGGUACUACGAUGUCAUGUCUGAUGAGGAAAUUGAGAGGAUCAAGGAGAUUGCAAAACCCAAACUUGCACGAGCCACUGUUCGUGAUCCCAAGACAGGCGUUCUUACAGUUGCCAGCUACAGGGUUUCUAAAAGCUCCUGGUUGGAGGAGGAGGAUGACCCAGUUAUAGCUCGAGUGAAUCUUCGGAUGCAGCAUAUCACAGGACUAACAGUAAAGACUGCAGAAUUGUUGCAGGUUGCUAAUUAUGGAAUGGGAGGACAAUAUGAGCCACACUUUGACUUCUCCAGGCGACCUUUUGACAGCGGCCUCAAAACGGAGGGAAAUAGGUUAGCGACGUUUCUUAACUAUACCCAUGAGCGAGAUGCUUUCAAGCGUUUAGGGACGGGCAAUCGUGUGGCCACAUUCUUAAACUACAUGAGUGAUGUAGAAGCUGGUGGUGCUACUGUCUUUCCUGAUCUGGGUGCUGCUAUCUGGCCUAAAAAGGGCACAGCCGUGUUCUGGUACAACCUCUUGAGGAGUGGGGAAGGUGACUACCGAACAAGACACGCAGCCUGCCCUGUGCUUGUGGGCUGCAAGUGGGUCUCCAAUAAGUGGUUCCAUGAACGAGGACAGGAGUUCUUGAGGCCGUGUGGAUCAACGGAAGUUGACUGACAUUCUUUUCCUGCUCUUCCCUGUCCUGGCCCCCAGCUCAUGUCAUCUUCAGGUUCAACGAGACACCCUUUGUAUGUUCCAGCCCAUCAGGCAGGUCUUUGCAAGAGUGAAUGUUUGUCUGGAACAGAGGAGAGUGCACUGGACAGGGUCCUUGGUGACCUGGGUACCAGCUUCUUUGAUCAUUUGAGCCACCUCUGCGCUCUAAGUGAAAGGUUGCAGCAACUGCAGCAGUUAGACUGUUUAGCACCUAUCAAGGUGCCUUUGUACCUCAAAUGUUUUAGGUGUGAGAUGUUUCAGUGAACCAAAGUUCUGGAAAUUUUUUUACAUGUUUGUUUUUAUGGCAUUUCUAUCAGUGUGGCUUUCACCAAAAAAUAAAAUGUCCCUGCCAGAAGCCUUAAA